UGGAGAAACAAGAUACAACAAAGACAAGAUACUGCAAGGUCAAGGAGUGGAUGAGCCACUCUCUGCAACUGGUUUCAGGCAAGCAGAUGCUGCUGGUUUAUUUCUCAGCAACGUGAAGUUUACUCAUGUCUUUUCAAGUGACCUCCUUCGAGCAAAGCAGACUGCUGCCACAAUUCUAGGAAAAAAUAAGUUUUGUAAAGAUUUGGAAAUCAAGUAUGAUGCAAGACUUCGAGAGAGAAAAUAUGGUGUUGCAGAAGGAAGGCCUUUGACUGACCUCAAGGCUAUGGCAAAGGCUGCUGGAGAGCAAUGUCCUUCAUUCACGCCUUCUGGAGGAGAAACACUGGAUGAAGUAAGAGAACGUGCAAGGGAUUUUUUUGAAUUUCUGUGUCAGCUAGCUGUUGAAUUGGAACAGAAAGAGCAAGACGUGCAUGGUGCAGCAAGCAGGAGCUCAGGAGCAUCUGAAGAACAGUUAGUUUUCCCGUGGACAAACCACUGCAGUGAAACAGAACUUACCUCUGGUAACGGUGGAGCUUCUAAAAUAUUAGAUGCCAGUAUGUUAGUGGUGAGUCAUGGAGCCUACAUGAGGAACUGGAUUGGUUAUUUUGUUUCGGAUCUCAACUGUACUUUACCAACAAAUUUAACAAAGUCUCAGUUGUCUUCUGUCAGUCCCAAUACAGGAGUUAGUCACUUCAUUAUAAAACUUGAAAACGGAAAUUUGUUAAAACCUGAAAUCACAUGUGUUUGUCUUAAUCAAGACUCUCACUUAGUGGAUGUGGGAGCUGAAUGUGUAGCUCCAAAAGUGUUUUAAGAGUCUUUGUAGGGGAAAGCGGGUUUAGAUAGCCAUUUUACUAGGCUUGGGAAAGGUAUCUAUAGUAAUUACU